AUGGAUCCGCCGUGUGGACCGACACCCGUCCUUAAUCAAGAUCAUGAUGGCGCCAAUCACGCCAACUCUCUCACCAUCGACACUCACAUCUCCAGGACCGAGAGGCCCCAAUCAAUACACGAAGAAGAUGAAGGCAAAGCGACUGAUGAGCUUGCCUCGAUAAUGCUGGCGGCUUCGAACCCAGUGUCGCCUGGGCCGCCAAGCCCGCCGCUCGAUCAGAUGCGAAUGCAGGACUUCGUACCUCCCACGCGACCAAGCAGCACGCCGUUUCCCCAGCCCGAGCCGCGCGGCACCGAGUUGCGUUGCAUCAGCUGCCCGACUGAUCGAUUCUUGAACACGGACGCCUCGGAUUCUACGAAGCAGCCGACCGCGCAGCCGGCUGGAACAAGCGCCAGGCUGAGCCUUAACGACCUCCCCACCGAGAUACACGAAUGUAUCCUCGACCACCUCUUCGGUUUCCGAGUUUCAGCCACGUCCAAGAGCUCCAUUACGCGCUGGGGCACCGCUCUGCGCCACCCCCGCAGGAAAGAACUGUCCGAGUUGUCCCUGGUGAGCCGGCCGUGGAGGAUUCUGAUCCAGGAGCGACUCUACCGGCACAUCAAGCUAAAGGCCUCAGUCGAGUCGCUGAGAAGCGCCAUGGCCUACUUCUCGGCCCGCCCACAAUUGCGAUCAUACGUCAAACAUCUCGAGAUCUGGUUCCCCGUGUUCCAUCCCAAGUACCGGCCCCUGGCGCUGUCCAACGCAAACACGCUCCCGAUGGUCACGCCAGAAGGUCUGACGACUGCGUCCUAUGUGUUGCCCACGGACAACUGCUCUCUGGAGGAGGCCUUCUAUUUCGUGGCGGAAUCGCUGCCCGAGGUCCGCGUCCUGACGUUGGAAGGGGGGGAACGGAAGAAGGCGCCGAAAGUGAGACACUGGAUUCGUGAUUGGGACCAGCAGAGAAGUCGCGUGAUGCCACAGGUUCCGUCUGUCCGCACGCUCAUCUGCAAGGGACAAUGGAACCUGAUAAGGGGGGAGGAAGAUUUCGACACCAUCAUGUCGGCGCUGCCCAACCUCCAGGAAUGGCACGGCUCAUACAGCAAGCCCAAAUCGAAAAGCUACCUCACCAUGGCCAAGAUUCUCGGGAAGCCCCUGCGGCUGACCAGUCUCGACCUGUGCAUUGAGGGAGAUUACCGCCGGGAGCUGUCGGUCCCGCCCUACUUCCUCAAGGUGUCGAGCAGGGUGCACUUCUGCUCGCGAUUGGCCGCGGCUGCCACGUCCCCUUCCUUGGAGCGCAUUGCGUACACGGGCAGGGUGUGCAAGCAGUUCUUUAUCGACCUCAUGCACAGGCAUGACAAGGACCCGCAGAAGAUGCGCCUCAAGUCGAUCGACUUGACGGUGAAGAACUGCUGCCGGCAGGUGGCGCAUUGGAACGAGUCUGGCUCGGGCAUCACGGACAUGAACUUUAUCCAGGCGUUCGAGGAGUUGGUCAUUGCGGGUAUCCGAUCCCUGGGACGGCUCAAAUUGGUCGAGUACUUGAGGAUUCGCUACGUGGAUCUAGACUCGCCCUUCCCUCCACUGAACCCACACUUUACGCUCCGCAACAACCGGUGCACAGGCGUUUGGAGCGAAGCCAUCAUCGCUGAGAUGAACGCCGCCCGCCCCGCCGCCCGCUUUGAGCAGCUGUGUGAAUCGUUUGGCGAGGUCAGCUACCGAAAAGACGGGCGCAUGACGCUCACCCCAGAGUUUCCGACGUCAUCGUUGGGGUCAUCUGCGGCGAGGGCUAUCUUGUCGCUCAAGAUAUCUAAUUAUGCGCUGUUGAAUGGGGGGUUCUCGAUCUCUUGA